UUACUGUGGUCUCUCGGCGUCAGCUGCUGCGACUCGAGUGCAGAGUAGAGAACAAGAUGACUACUACUUAGUGCACAGAUGAGACUGAAAGGCUGUGUGUGUGUGGGGGGGGGGAGAGAGAGAGAGCCAGAGCCAGAGCCAGAGUCAGAGUCAGGCCACGCAGAAUGACUCACCAAUGACGUCGAUCUCGUUCUUGUUUCCUUUCACUCUCUCCUCCCUCCCUCCCUCUCUAUCUCCUAUUCUAUUGUACUCUGCAGUUCUCCCUCUCUCUCUCUCUCUCUCUCUCUCGCUCUCCCUCGUAACAUCCUGGCCAUGUCCGUGCAGAGUACGCAGUCAUGACGUUCCAACAAUGCAAUGCUCGACCUCCCUCAUCAGCCUCCUUGCUGCUGCAAGCCCAACUGCCAACUGCGCACACUCAUGCUCAUGCGUCUGCGCCAUCUCAAACUGGCCGCAGGCAGAGGCAUUUGCAAAUCGCCCCCGAUCCCACGCUUACGUCACGGCGCAUUCCACCAACCAUCGCGCCCCAUCAUCUGCUUACGUGACGUCGUGGGGGUGGACGCGCGUGCGUUCCAUCUCGAUGUUUUGGUGCAUGGGGGGGGGGGGGGCGUUGAUGGCGUCCGCGGCCUCGCGGCUUAUUAUCGUAGGAUCGUAGAGGCAUUGCGGUCAUGGCGCAUCCUGUCGUGUCAUCCUGCAUCAUCGGGCUUGGCCCCGCCGGUCGGUCCCGUCCUCGAGGCCUCGAGGUUGGCGAUCGAGGCGAUAGACUACUACAGCUUGUCUCACCCCGGCGCAUGUCGGCACAACAACAACAACAACAACUACUGUACAGUAGAUCAGUAGUCUUAUUACGUUUCCUUGUGUGUUUCGGUAGGAAGGGCGCGCCAUGUAUCCAGCCAGAACCUGUGUCGCGAUCAUGUCCAUCAGUUU